AUGUAUUACUUGCAGGAAAAAGAGUCUCUUUUACGUCAAAAUAUGAACGCAAAUGCUUCAUUGGAAGAGCUACGCCGUCAGUUGGCCGCCGCCGAGUCGGCUGCCGACGGCCUUUCGGAGAGACUUCGUCGCGCACAGGCUGACGCAGAAAGUUGGAAACGAAAGCACGAGGAGGCGGUUCAGGAGGCGAAGAAUGACAUUCUGCAUGAAAGGAAACGCGCAGCAGAUAAGAUCGCAGCAUGUCAACAUGAAUACGCUUUGCGAAGUGCCAGAAGAGGGACCGACGACUCGGAACGAGAUCGUCUUCGUGAUGAAUUAUCACGAGUACAAGUUGAGUUGGACAGAGCAGUAACAACGAUACGCCAACUCGAAGGAAAUGUUCAGUCACAGGAGGCUUUGGGCGGAACAUUAGAAGCUCAAUACCGUACUGCAUUGAUGGAAUUGGAAACGGCCAGAGACGAAAACUGUGCAUUAAAGGCAAAGAUACAACAGGACGAAACGAACAGCGCUCUGAAUACGUUUGAAAACAAACUAGAAAGAAUGGAUCAGAAAGAACACGUCUGA